CAAAAAAAUUCGUCUAAACAAACGGGCCUCCAAUGUUGGUAUCUCUUUCUCUCUAAUUCCCAUAUGGCCAUAUAUAUACGUACCCUAAACCCUUCACAUUCUUAAGUUUUGCUUUCCCUUCUCUAUAAUUGUUAAUCAUUUCGCUUUUUGUAAAGAACAAAAGAUGACUGGGGAAGAUAGUGUAAGCCUUGAUCUUCUGAAGAAGAAGAUGGAUGAUUUUGCUAAAGAGAGAGGGUGGGAGAAGUUUCACAGUCCCAGGAACCUUCUUCUUGCUCUGGUUGGAGAAGUGGGAGAGCUGUCAGAGAUUUUCCAGUGGAAAGGGGAGGUUCCAAAGGGUUUGCCAGGGUGGGAAGAAGAGGAGAAAGUACACUUGGGAGAAGAGCUUUCUGAUGUUUUGCUGUACUUGGUCAGACUCUCUGAUAUGUGUGGCAUCGAUCUCGGUAAAGCUGCCCUCAGAAAAAUGGAACUAAAUGCUUUGAAAUACCCAAUUCCUCUUGAUAAUAAUUCCACCAAAGAAAAUGGAAAUGCUAAAUGAUUAGCCCUCUCGGAUCAGCUGUAAUGUAUUUCUUGUGCUAUCAUCAGAGUAAUUAGUCUUCAAAAAUCCCAUUUUGGGUACUCAUUUUUACUCCUGCUCACAAAUGGGGCAAUACUUUUUAAAUUAGGCAACACAUUUAAGUGUGGCCUCAUUUAGGUCACACAAUAUGUGAGUAAAAAUAGGGUACCCAAAAUGGGGUGCCUAUAGCAUGAUUGAUUAGUAUUACUCCGUAUUAGUCUCAUACGUUACCAAAAAAAUCAGAGUAAUUAUUAUUUGGUGUUGCGAUUGUAUUUAAAAGAUCCUACUGGUUUAUGUCAUUUAUAAAGUUUACCUCAAUUUUGUACAAGUUUAUAAUACCUAGUACUUCGUAUUUAAU